UUCGUCUCUUUUCUUACUAUCUAAAGCCAGCUUUCUCUCUCUACUCGCCUCUCUCUCUCUCUCUGCUUUCUGCACUUGUUUUCCGGCGGGAGAGAAGUGAAAGAGUAUAAGAAAACAAUUUCUCUGCUUCUACGGAACUGUUUUUGGUCUUCGUUUCUCCUUUCAUCUCCCCCUCUUAUUAUAUUGAGCUUUGGGACUUGUUGAUUCUGCAAUAAAGUGUCCAGACUUGUUUGUUUGUGUGUGUGUGUGUGUGUCUAUGAGGAAGUGAGAAAUGGAGUCGCCUUCGAAGAAUCCUGUUUUUGAUGACUCUCUAGGGAAAGUGAGAAAUGCAUGGUCUAUCCCCCUUGGAAUUGCGGCACACCAUGCCUCGACUGAUGCAAGCUUGUUCUCGAGCUCAUUGCCCGUUCUUCCUCAUGAAAAAUUAAUCUCGAACAAGACAGAGCAGUGUGGUCAAUCAAUUGAUGAUAGCUCGCCUAGCUUAAGUCAAUUUCAUCUAGAAGAUGGAGGUAAAUUCCCGUUGGAAGAUGAAACGAGUCCACCUGGGAACUUUCUUCCCGGGGAUGAGGACGAACUAUUAGCGGGCAUAAUGGAUGAUUUUGAUUUGAACGAGCUGCCUACCCAGCUGGAGGAGUUAGAAGACGAUCUCUUUGGCGGGGGAGGAUUUGAAAUGGAAUCCGAGUCCCAAGAAAAUCUACUUAACGGCUUUGCCAAGUUAAGUAUGUCUCCUGGAAGCAGUAUCGCACCUUAUGGCUAUUCAAACGGUGUAGGAACAGUUGCUGGGGAACAUCCGUACGGAGAGCACCCUUCGAGGACAUUGUUUGUUAGAAAUAUUAACAGCAAUGUAGAAGACAGCGAAUUAAGAUCUCUAUUCGAGCAAUAUGGCGAUAUCAGAACCUUAUAUACUGCUUGCAAGCACCGAGGAUUUGUGAUGAUAUCUUACUAUGAUAUCCGAGCUGCUCGAACUGCUAUGCGUGCUCUGCAAAAUAAGCCUUUAAGGCGAAGAAAACUUGACAUUCAUUUUUCAAUCCCAAAGGAAAAUCCAUCGGAGAAAGACAUUAACCAAGGAACUCUUGUUGUGUUCAAUUUGGAUCCUUCAGUAUCUAAUGAAGACCUUCGUCAAAUAUUUGGGACUUAUGGGGAAGUCAAAGAGAUAAGGGAGACACCACAUAAGCGACACCAUAAAUUCAUUGAGUUCUAUGACGUUAGAGCUGCUGAGGCAGCUCUUAAAGCUUUAAAUAGGAGUGACAUUGCUGGGAAGCGGAUAAAGCUUGAACCUAGUAGGCCCGGUGGAGCCCGUCGAAACUUGAUGCAACAAUUGACCCUAGAGCUGGAACAUGAUGAUGUUCGAACAUUUAGGAAUUCGGUUGGUUCACCGAUUGCCAAUUCUCCGCCAGGCAGCUGGCCAAAUUUUGGCAGUCCGGUCGAGCCGAAUCCGUUGCAUAAUUUCAGUCAAUCUCCUGGUUUGAGAAAUCUUAGCCCUGUAAAUGGCAAUCAUAUGUCGGGGCUUGCCUCGAUCCUUCCCUCCCACCUCUCGAACCCUGUGAAGAUUACACCUAUUGGUAAAGAGCCUGGACGGGUUAGCCAUGUAAAUCAGGUAACUAGUAAUAAUACUAGAUCGACCCAAGGAGUAGCUUAUCAUCAUUCUUAUUCGCUGAAUGAGAAUAAACUAAGUUCGAGCUCGGGAUCCGUCUCUCUUGGCGACUCGAAGCCAUCUGGAAUUGGAACGCUUUCUGGUCCUCAGUUUCUUUGGGGAAGUCCGCCUAUUCACUCGGAGCGUAACGGAUCUUCUGGCUGGCCGACAUCGUCAAUCGGGAAACCAUUUGUAUCCAAUGCACAAGGACAAGGCUAUCCUUAUUCCCAUAGACAGGGCCCAUUCCUUGGGUCACACCAUCACGUGGGAUCUGCUCCGUCUGGAAUUCCCUUGGAAAGGCAUUUUGGGUUUUUCCCCGAGUCACCCGAAACAUCAUAUAUAAGCCCCGUUUCCUUUAGCAGUGCAAGCUCUAGCCAUAAUAACGGAAGCCAUGUGAUGAGUAUGGGUUCCCCGGGGGCAAUGAAUAUGGGCGUUGCUUUUGCCGGUAGUUUUACUGAAAGCGGUUCUCCUAGUGCUAGAAUGAUGCCGUUGUCAAGAAACGUUCCAAUAUUUUUUGGAAGCGGUUCUUAUGGGGGAAUUGGGUCGAGUAACGGCGAGGGUUUGAUUGAUCGUGGUCGAAGUCGUAGAAUUGACAGUGCGAACCAGAUGGAUAACAAAAAACAGUAUCAGCUUGAUUUGGAGAAGAUCAUGAACGGGGAAGAUCCCAGGACUACUUUGAUGAUUAAAAACAUCCCAAACAAAUAUACUUCAAAGAUGCUACUCACAGCAAUUGAUGAGACCCAUAAAAAUUCAUAUGAUUUCCUCUACUUGCCUAUUGAUUUCAAGAACAAGUGUAAUGUUGGCUAUGCUUUCAUCAACAUGGUUUCUCCUCAAAGUAUUAUCUCUUUCUACGAGAUAUUCAAUGGGAAAAAGUGGGAAAAGUUUAAUAGCGAAAAAGUUGCCUCAUUGGCUUAUGCGAGAAUCCAGGGAAAAGCGGCUUUAGUUGCUCACUUUCAGAACUCGAGCUUAAUGAACGAAGACAAAUGGUGUCGCCCGAUUCUGUUCCAGUCCGAGGGCCAAGAGCCAGCUGAAGAGGAACCGUUGCUGUCCAGCAACCUAAAUAUUUUUAUCCGCCAUCUUGAUGGGUCGUACUCGGGAGAUUCCCUUGAUAGUCCCAAGGGCAAUAGUCUUGAAGAGAAGCCUACAUUCACGCUUGAAAACAAUGGCGGUGGGUUCUAACUGUUAAUAUGUAUUCCAAAAACGUACAUACUAAACUUACUAGUGGAACAGCGGGGGAGUACCUUGAUUGGCUUUGUGCUCGGUGUCUAGUUUUUGUACAAAGGACACUCCAUGGCGCUUUGUACAAACGAUUAAGAAGCAGGGAGCGUUUUACGUUUUGUAGAGCAAAUUCGAUAACUGACUGUGGUUUCUUCGGGCGAGCGUUUUGUGCAAUCUCUACUGUCCUUUGUGCUCAAGCUUUGGGGUCAUCAGAACUGGUUUGUGGUGUGUUUUACUUAUUGUAUAAAUCAAUGUUUAGAGAAGGGUGGAACAGGGCUGUUACCUCAAGUGUAUAAAUUGCAGACAAACAGACCCUACAUCAAUUAUUGUAUCAUGUUCUCAAGGAAACUGAUUGUAUUUAUGACAUGAAUGUAGAGGGUUUUUUUUAUCCAACUUUUUGUUUGUUUCAAAUCAAAUGAAUAAAUAAAAUGAGUUCUUGAAUGUUCUGAUU